AUGAUGGUUCCUCCUUCGACCAUGAUGGCCUCGGAGAGGGUGGAUCGUCUCGGCGCCCUGAAGGCGGUGAGGAGAUGUCUCAUCACUCUGAGAUGGGUGGUUCCGCGCCAAAACCUAAUGCCGAGGAUGGUCCGGAGGAACCGAAGGUCGAGCCUCGGAGCUGUAAUCCUCAUGCGGUGGAGACGCACAGCUAAGGAGGAAGUCUUAAGGUUGCGGCGGGAGGAUGAGAAGGCCGAGGAUGUCGACGCGGUGGUGGCUGAUUUGAAGCUUGAGAAACUUGCUCUCGAGGAAAAAGUUGCAGCGCUGAAUAAGGAGAUAGUGAAGACUCUCGGUCUUCAAGAUACAACGGACCAAUUGAGAGCUCAACAUGCUGAACUCUCGGAGAAGGUUCGCCGAGGUGCGGAAGCCGCUGUUGCUGAAGCGGAACGUUUUCGUCAGUCACGCCAGGAAUGGGCUGAAGUAGUUGCUACUCAAGUCUAUGAUUCGGUGAGUGAUUGGUACGCUCCUCGCCUUCGCCGUCUCUCGGAGUUCGUCACCCAGCGGGACAUGGUCGAGGCGGCUGUAGUGAGGCUGCAAGUCGACGAGGCUCUUCUCGUCUUUGUGAAGAAGAUCAGUGGAGUGGACCUGGACUUUGACGCUGUGGAGGAGAGACUUAGGGCCAAGCUGGCAAAGAGCGUCGCGGAUGGAGAUGCAAUCGAUGAGGUCGACAUUACUGACGACGAUUUCGUGAAGCCCAACAGUGUUUCUAUGCUAGUGGUGCCAGGGUCUCCAUCUCAUCGAAACGAUGAUGGCGCUGGUUCGGGUGCGGGACCAUCUGCUUCCGGGGUCAAGUCUGUUUAG